GAUUGAUUUUAAAGGCGAUUUGUUUCCACAUUUCGAAGCACCCGAGAAAUCGAAGAUUUGAUCGAAAUUACCAUUCAUCUGUCAACCUGAACCCAAACGCGUCCCAGGUGAAUAAUCGAGGUAGCGUUCGAACAAAUGGUGCAAAUAGAUCGAAGUCUCAAUCAAUCCGUGGAUGCGCUGGCAUAAAUUAAAGUGGUUGUUUGUCAGCAGAGCGACAACAUUAUACACCUGUCUCUUAAGCUCAGAGUAGAUGCGCGACUCACAAGUGAGCUUGGAUCACUUCCUUCGAUGUAAGGCCGUCGCAAUCAAUCAUGGCCACCGAUUUAGGAGCAUGGCUGCCAUUCGCGAGGGCGGCCGCUGUCGGUUUGGCUCCUUUAGCAACGUCUACGAUGCCACCUCCGCCAGAAUCGCCAAAAAACGACGAGCGAGUUACCAUCAAUGUUAGUGGGAGGCGGUUUGAAACAUGGCAAAAUACGUUGGCGCGAUUCCCGGAAACUCUGCUUGGAAGUGACGAAAAGGACUAUUUUUUCGAUUCGGAAACAAAAGAAUACUUCUUCGAUCGAGAUCCGGACCUGUUCCGCCAUGUCUUGAAUUAUUAUCGCAAUGGAAAGCUGCACUACCCGCGGGGAGAAUGUGUGUCUUCCUUUGAAGACGAACUUUGUUUCUUUGGCAUUUCUGAAGAUGUGGUACACGAUUGUUGUUGGGAGGAUUUUCGUGAAAGGAAGAAAGAGUGUGAAGAAAGAAUUUUCGAACCUGAUAAACUGGAAGAUGGUUCACAGAAUGGGGAAGAAAACACUGAUUCUACAAUUCGCGAGAAGAUGUGGACCGCUUUUCAAAAUCCGCAAAGCUCGCGGCCAGCCACUUUGGCAUACUACAUAACAGGUUUCUUUAUUGCUGUUAGUGUGAUCAGCACGGUGGUAGAAACUCUUCCAACAGACGAUGGGAAAACUUUUGGGGAGGCCAAUCAACAGAUUUUUUUCUCGAUGGAAACAGCUUGUGUUAUAGUGUUUACUGUUGAGUAUAUGGCGCGUUUGUAUGCAGCUCCUAACCGAUUCAAGUUCGCUCGAGAUCUAAUGAGCAUAAUAGAUGUGGUAGCUAUUUUGCCUUUCUAUGUUGGACUCUUUAUGCCAAAUAAUUCUAUAAGUGGAGCAUUUGUGACCCUGAGAGUAUUUAGGAUCUUCAGAAUAUUCAAAUUUUCAAGGCAUUCAAGAGGACUCCGCAUCUUGGGUUAUACACUGAAGAGUUGCGCGUCUGAGUUGGGCUUCCUGUUGUUUUCGUUGUCGAUGGCAGUAAUAAUUUUUGCGACAGUUAUGUACUAUGUAGAAAAGGUAGUCCCUAAUACCAAGUUUACAAGUAUUCCUGCGAGUUUUUGGUACACGAUUGUUACAAUGACUACACUAGGUUAUGGUGACAUGGUACCUGAAACUACUCCUGGAAAGAUUGUGGGUAGCCUGUGUUCACUCAGUGGUGUUCUUGUGAUUGCCCUGCCUGUUCCAGUGAUUGUGUCAAAUUUUAGUAGAAUUUACUUGCAAAACCAAAGAGCAGAUAAAAGGAAAGCUCACAAGAAAGCACGUGUGUCCAUUUCCAAGACAAUGGCUGGUACUGCUUUGGUCUCCCCACCUGAUAAAGAAAAUGUUCCUCUGGGUGCUGGCCUAGAGUUGACACAAAUUCCAGUUAGCAAUAAAGAGAAAAACUAUCUUGAUGAACAGCAUACUCAUCUACUUCAGUGCCUGGAAAAGGCUACGGCACGGCAAUUUGUUGAAAUGGAGUACUCAUACAAAGGAGAACCAGUGAGGAAGACUCCCAAGUUGUCAUCUCCUAUUUGUACUCCAUCUGGUUCACCGAUUUCCUCAUCUGUUUCACUAGCAGCAGUGUGUGACAAUGCCUGCUAUAACCGAAACAGCUACACAGGGAAAUGCAUGAAGCGAACAAGAUCUUUCUCAGAACCAGCACAUCAGCAUGAAAAUGCUUUUUUCCCAGAUCAUCUGGAAAUGAAUGAUGUAAAAAGCAAGAACAAAGUGAAUUCUAAACCACACAAUGAUAAACAACCAAUGAAUGUCACCACAUCAGCUAUUGUGACCCUCCCAGAUUUUGAAACUGUGGCAGUUCCAAACAAUAUUCAUGAGGGAGGUGCCAAUCGCAGAUAUGAAAAUUGCAAUAAUCGUAAAGGGUCUCAUACAGUUAUUUAAAUCAAUGCUCAUGAAGUAAAAUGAAAUUCCAAAGUGAAUUAGGUAGUGUGCAAGUUAAAUCUUGGCAAGAAGUUGUUCCUGAUCAGCUUUGUUACAUAUGAUGAAUGAGAAGUUUUGCUCACCUUCUGGCCUUACAAUGUAUUUACUAACAAAGAGAUUCAAAAUUAUUACAAAUAUUAGUUGGAAAUUUUCUGGAUAUUUAAAAAAAACAAUUUAUUAUCGUCUACUACAGCUGCAAAAAUUGAUAUUUAAAAAUGUUUUUUAGAGUGGUGUUUUAGUGCCACAAAAUUCAGUGGCAGCUUUAAACGAUUGGUCCAUCUUUUUCAAAUGGAAAGUUUUGGUGACCUUUUUACCAAAUUCAACAAAGUGUCAUUUAAACCAGAAUGUGCAGUGCACAGUUCUUGCUAUGGGCGCACAGUCGUCAAUGAUAUUUAAACAAAAGUUGAAUUCUGAAGACAUAUUUUCUACAAAGUCAGCGGAUUAUGAGACUAUUUAUAAGUACAGAUAAUCAAGAUUGAAAAGGAUCACACACUGACCCGGCUUCACCCAACCUUGUAUGACUGAGUUACAGAACACUUCAACUGAUAAGUGGAAACAUAUUGCAUCUGUUAAAGGAAAUAGUUGUGGUGUAGGUCAAGGAGAUACCAAUGUGACAAGCACAGAAACAUAAGCAAUCAUAUGGAUCUAAUAGGACCUGAUUGUCUUAUGUACCAAUUUUUGGAUAUACAAUUCUUGUGUCAUCAGGACUGUUGAUCUUUCCGUCCAGUCAGGAAACUAUGAAUGUUAGUUCUGAAGUAGAGUUGACUCUAGUGGAACAAGCUUGUACAACCAGCUGGCAGCUGUUCUCAGGGUCAGUAGUUCAGAAGAAUGUGGCAUAGGUACAAAUGGAGUGGAAAGGAGAUACCUAGUUUCUCUGUUUAAUUGUCAUUACCAGCUGAUUAUUGCACAAGGAACCUCAUCAGCUGCAUACAUGGCAGGCUGCUCACAAGACAAAAUGCAAUGUUACAGAUCAAGGCCAGACAGAUGCCUUUUACAUUUAGCCUUCAAGGCAAGUUACUCUGUAAUUGCUAUACAAGAUGGCAAAAGUGGUGAAUUUCUCAAAUUUGUCAGAGAAUUGAAGUGAAAAGACCAAUGGCUGAAGUUUCAAAAUUUGAUCACCUUGGUGUUCUUAACUUAAGACCUGGAAACUUGAGGACUUCUUCAUUGUAAUCUCUUUGCAAUUUAGGCAUGUACCAAUAGGCUUCAGUAGUCCAAUGACCAUGCACUUGCAGAUAGGAAAUAAGGAUUUGCCAUCUUCAAUUGAGAGACAUGAAAGACUGAGGGCAUGCAUGUUGCAGUAACAAAAGGAUGAAAUUAAUCAUAUUUAUAUGUCAAGGUACUUCCAGUAGCUGUUUAAUUUCCUGUCUUGCUUUAGACAAAGCAUGGCAGAGCUCUUUAUUUUUGCUCUUUUCCUUUUUAGCAUGUAAUUAAAUUACUUAUGGGGUACUCUGCCAAUAUGCAAGGGUCUGUAUGUAAAUCAAUUUUUUAAGUUGCAUAAAGUGCAUAUUUUGUGGUGAUCAUUUUCAUUUUUUUUUUCUUUUUCUUUUAAUCACAUUCAUGCAGUCAUUUUAUGAGUCCAGUCUACUUUUAGUCUUGAUUCGUGGGUAUUAUUAUAAUAUUAUUCUGGUGAAUACAGCUGUUUAAGUGCUCUGAUGAGAUAAGGGUAUUGGAUAUUUAUCAUCAGGGA